AUGAACUUAGUCCGCAACUCGACAAACCUCGGCAUUCCCCCUGAUAUCAAAGAGGCGGCUAAUGCGGUUCGUUUGAGGCGUGAGGAAGACAACUGGGGCCAAGGCGACGAGGGCUAUGCUAGUGACGUUCGCACCGACGUGGACACGGGUCAGUCUCGUAUUGUCUCACCCCGCUCUCCGGGGCGAGCGUCAAGCCGCGGAAACAGGGCAGCCGGUGUCAGUGUCAUCCCUCAGCCUCCCGUCAAUCACCCAAUCUACGGCAAAGGCGGAAUCAUGCACGGCGUGGUUUGCUACCGAAGCCCCAGAAAAGGUCUGACGUACAAGCUGAACCCGGCCUACAAGCACGAAAAGGUCAAUGCCGCGUUCAUUGGAGAGGGCCAUUUGACCCCUGGUGAUUGGUGGCCUUUCCAGCUGGUAGCACUUUUCCACGGGGUACAUGGAAGAAGCCAGGGGGGGAUCUUCGGCUCGGCAUCGAUGGGAGUCUAUUCGAUCGUCAUAUCCGGCCGCAACAACAAGUAUCAUGAGAUUGAAAAGGAUGAUGGUGAGGUUUUGUAUUACUCCACUGACAACAUGGGGGUAGCUACCACAUCGGUCGGUACCCAGGCUCUCAACAAGUCGAUUGACACCAGACAGCCUGUGAGAGCCCUCCGUGGCCAAGGUCAGACCGGCGGAGGCUGGGCUCCUGAAUGUGGGAUUCGCUACGAUGAACUGUACCGAGUUAUUGGGAAGAAAUUGGUGCCGACAAGGAAUGGAGAAGAGUGGUUCCGGCAUACGUUGCGCCGUGAAGCAGGCCAGCGGGAUCUUCGCGAGAUUGUGGGAAGCUCACCAACUCUACAGCAGAGGAACGACUACCUGAGGAUUCGAGACGCCUACCCUGGCGUAGCCUGAGGAGUAUGUGGAUCAGUAGAAGUGUUGUUUAAAAGUGUGUUGGUAUUUUGAAGUGAUGACUGGGUGGCGAGCUUGAGGCAAAACGAAACAACUGAUGAUGGAAACAGACUCGACAUGCAAGGCUUGCAGGAAAAGCACUGAGUACCUAGUUGGAACUGCAAUGAUUUUAGCUUUGCCUAUUAUAUACCUAGCUACUUACUAGUAGCCUGCGCUGAGUAAUAAAGAUGCGUUGAUUUAUAUAUUUACUA